AUGGUCACGGAGGGCAAGAUCAAUGCCCUCGUUAAAGCAGCCGGUGUAAACACUGGCCCUUCCUGGCCAGGCUUGUUUGCAAACGCUUUGGCCAGUGUCAACAUCGGGGACCUCACCCGCAAGGCGGGGGCUAGUGGGCCUGCCCCAGCAGCUAGUGCUGAACCAGACAGAGGUCCUGCCCCCUCCACCCCUGCUGCCCCGGGUGAGAACAAGAAAGCAGAAGCCCAGAAAAGAAUCUGA